UGUUCUUGUGUGUGAGAAAGAGCGUGCUGAUGCCAUGCCGUCCGGCGGUCCAAGUUACGGCAGCUACUGCUGUGUGUCGUGGUGCUUCAACAACGGCAAAACCCAGAAGAAGCCAGGAACGAGUUUCUUCCGCAUACCACGGGACGGCAGGAUGACAGCAUGGAUGCAGUACGCUGGAAGAGACGAUCUUCUGAGUUCUUUGAGCGUCGCUUCUACUAGUGACUGCCACAUGACUGCAGAAGCUGCACUACAAGGAUCUGCGGAAGAGGCUUCGAACAGCGACCCCCACACAUUGAGGUGCCCUGAUGAGCAGGUUGGCGACUCCCUUGUAGCUGGCAAAGGGGCAUCUGCUGAUCUCGACCUGCUGGAGGAAACCUUGACCAAUCGUUCAGUUGUGACAGAAGGAACUUCUGUGAUCGGCACCUUGCAACUUUCUUCCGACAGCAGUGUCCGAGGCGCUGAACAAGCUUCACAGGACACCCUAGAAGAUGUCUGCCAACAGCUCCAUGAAUGAGUGCCCUACUGAAAAU